AUGAAACGAUCGCUUGGUCGUUGGGAGCUCCUGGGAUGGCUCAACGACUUUCUGAGUCUUGACUACUCAAAGGUUGAAGAUUGUGCAGACGGCAUCGCCUACUGUCAGAUAUUCGACGCCAUCUAUCCUGGGAAAGUGCCGCUGCACAAGCUAAAUUUUCAAGCCAAGACGCAGGAUGAGAAGCUGAAAAAUCUUCGUAUUCUCGAGAAAGCAACGAGAGAGUCUGGAGUGCUGAGGCCAGUCCAAGUCGAGAAGAUUGCAAGCGGCUCCUUCCCUGAGAACCUUGCGUGCGAGAGAGAUGCACAAACAAGAAGGUGCUCUAGUCACUAG